AUGCGGUGGUUCAGGAAGGGAGAGCCGCCGCGGCUGCUAGCCGUGUCGCCCGACACCGAAACACGUUCACCUCGUAGAUCCAGAAUUGAUAUGUCCCCAGUGCGCUAUUCAAAUCGAAAAAGUAGCAGCAGCUCGGUGGAAACAAAUUUCUACAAUCUAAGUGAUCAGAUAAUUAUUGUAGAAAAAUCUCCUCAUUUAUGUCGUGAACGAGAAACACCAGUGGCAAGGCGCGUGUCGUUACAAAAUAGCCCCACCUCACCACAAGAAAAUUACAACGCUUGUCGCAAAAGCCGUGGAGGCUCCUUAGAAAAAGAAUAUAUGGUUUACCGAGAAAGGCGUAAUCCACUUCUUGAUAAAGUGAAAAAUACUAAAUUAUCAUGUUUUAAAUCGAAUGGUCCUUUGCGAAAUGGUGACGAUACCGCAUCGACUUCAGGUAGCGAUUGCAGUGGCAUGGGACAUGUAGAGGAGGUUACUCUCAGUCGAUAUACUAGCAACUAUCCAGAAACUCACAAUGAGUUUGAAAAUCAUAACCCUUGGGUUAAAAUGCCAAAUUACGAUGACGAUGUUUUUUACGCCAAAAGUUUAACUAGUCCUGAUGAAUAUAAAUGGAGAGAAAGUAAGACAUUUAGUAACAGAGGCACUAGAUGUUAUAGUUCAGGUUCUGAGUGUGAUCGAUACCAUGCUAUACCUAAAGCAGGAGCAAAGCUUUCCAAAUCUAGUGACCAAAUCUUUAAUGAUAAUUACGAACCUUAUGAGGAUAAUUUAUCAAUAACACUUAAAUCUAAUAAAAAGACUGAUAAGCAUAAGACUAAGAAUGACAAAGAUACUAUUGGACCUAGUUCUUGUUUGUCAGCUAAAUUACGAGCGAUGUCAGAUAGAUAUUUAAAAUCAUCUACAAACAGGUUUUUAUCAAAGUUGUAUAAGCAAAACGGGGAAGAGGAGGAGGCAGUGAACAGCUAUAGUGAUAAUGUAAUAAAAUCAACCAGUACAGUAAGCAAAAGUCGAAAGAGAAGAGGUGGUGUUAAAGCAAAACUGCGCAGUUUCUCAUAUGGAGCUUUACCUGGUUUAGAUGAAUUCCAAAAGGGCCAAAGUGCGGUAUUUCACAACGAUAUUUAUCAUGUCUCAUGUGACGACGAGAACGUUCUCAUACAAGAUUGUGAAGACACCGAUUCUGGUAUCUUAGUAAAUGAAUCAGCAGCUUCAUCUAUUUUUGAUAGUGAUAGAAUAUCUUCCCGGUGUGAAAGUUCUGCUUCUCAUUCAAAUCCUCAAGUUACUUGUCACGGAAGAAGUGUUUCUGGAGACCAAACAUAUACAAAACCAAGAAUUUCAGGAAGAAGAAGCAGAGAAAGAAAUGAUUGUGUAAAGUCAAAAUCUCGUCACAAUCAGAGAGCGUUAUCAUUGGAUCGUAAAGAAAUACUUCGACGUAUGCCUAAAAAUAAUAAUGAUUAUUGUGAACCGCAGUACUUACAAUUAACAGAAAAACAAAAAAUGAGACAAAGAGAUGCUAGUCGUGGAGAUGCUGGUAUCCCGCCUAUUCCACCUUGUCGUAAACAAAGUAAAGGAAAUUCUGACAAAGUACAACCAGAGUUUAAAGUAGUCAGGAUAAUAAGAAGAAAUCCUAAUGAUGAACUGGGAAUAUUUAUAGCCAAAACUAAACUAUCUGAUGAAGGUCACGUAGGAUAUUUGGUUGCCCAUGUUGUGCCAGGAGGACUUGCAGCAAAAGAGGGAACACUGCGAAUAGGUGAUGAGCUUCUAAAUGUAAAUGGACGUAGACUUCGUGAUCUGACCAUGCCCGAAGCCAAAGAAGCUUUAAGGUCAGGGGCAUCUGAAAUAGAUAUUGUUAUAUGUAGACAACGUGAAAAAUCUGUGGAAAUAAGACAAAGAGACUCAACGCAAAAAAGCAAUAUCUUUAUGCGGGAGAGUUCGGUAGAUUACGAAAACGCUAUUAUUUUAGGGAAGGAAAGAAGUGUCGAUAAAUAUGACGUCAGAAGAGACCGACGGCAACUACAGGACGAAUCCAUGUGUAAUCGCGACGCGCUAUCAGCUGCGGACGACGCGGGCGACAGUACAAUGAACACGCACUCACAUUUCCUGAAGGGACAGAACGCGAGCUACAGCAGUAUGAAUAACAAAUUACUGCGACGGCAAGUUGUGAGCUACGGUGGUACGAAUAAAGACGGCCUUACACUUAGUUGCGCCAGCGAUGUAGUCGACGUGGAUACGCCAGAUGGUGCAACAGAUCGGACUGCAGAUAAACAUGACGAUGAAAGUGACAUACAAACACCGAAUGCAGCGAAUUUUUGCACGCUCCCUAGACGACCACGUGCACCGACGCACACGUACCAUACAAUAACAUUUGAAAAAGGACACGGGAAGAAACCACUUGGCUUCACUAUUGUGGGGGGACGUGAUUCUCCACGAGGGCCUCUCGGUAUUUUCAUCAAGAGCAUUCUUCCCCAGGGCCAGGCUGUCGAAGAUGGCAGAUUAAAAGCAGGUGAUGAAGUGCUAGCAGUAAAUGGUCAGGCUUGCCACGAGCUGGCGCAUAUUGAAGCGUUGGCGCUGUUUAAAGCAGUUCGGAGUGGUCCUAUUGAACUCAGAGUCUGUAGGAGAAUCAAGAGUGCACAAUCAACCAAAGCAAAAUCUUGUACAGAUUUACUAAAUGACGACGACUGA